AUGGGGCGCGAGAACGGAAUCAUGUUGAAAGUUCAACACUCCACGCCGGAGACCUCCUCCCUGGACCUCCCCUCCCAGAAGGCAGGCACAGUGCAGGACAAACAAGACAUGUGGCGAGCCGGGCGAGAUCAGGAACUAAACGUAGGGGGUAUGAUCUAUACUUAUCUCGGGGGUCUGGCAGGGUUCAGCUUUGUGAUUCUCUCAAUGGCUGAAAUGGCUUCCAUGGCCCCAUUGUCCGGCGGCCAGUAUCAUUGGGUAUCAGAAUUCGCACCCCCUAGUUCCCAGGCCCUAUUAAGUUACAUCACUGGGUGGAUUUGCGUGUUGGGUUGGCACACCGGUAUCGCAGGAUGCUGCUAUACAGUCGCCAACAUGAUGGUCGGUGUGGUUGCCAUAAAUUACCCUGACACGUAUACCUAUGAGCCAUGGCAUGUCACACUUCUAGUCAUUGCGGUAGCCCUGGUAGCCUUGAUGUUUAACACAUUCCUGGCCCAGAAGCUCCCCUUGAUCGAAGGUAUUAUCCUGAUUGUGCAUUGCUUCGGUUUCUUUGGAAUCUUGAUCCCACUUUGGGUGUUGUCCCCCAAAGUUCCUGCCUCCGAGGUAUUCGGUUCAAUAGAGGACCGGGGUGGUUGGGGUAACAACGGACUCUCCUGUAUGGCGGGGCUGGUUGGUCCCAUCUAUGCAUUGAUUGGCCCCGACUCAGCGGUUCAUAUGGCGGAGGAAAUUCGAGAUGCAUCCCGGGUGCUCCCCAUGGGCAUGGUCUGGACAUUGAUCCUCAACGGAUCCACCGGCUUAGUGAUGAUAAUCACAUUUGCGUUCUGUGUGGGCGACAUUGAUGCAGUGCUUGAGUCUGAAACAGGCUUUCCAUUCAUCCAGGUCUUCCUCAAUGCCACAGGAUCAGUUAGCGCCGCAACAGGCAUGACAGUAGUGAUCAUGACCAUGCAAUUUUGCGCGGCAAUCAGUAAUGUCGCUACAACCUCCCGGCAGAUCUACUCUUUUGCUCGAGACAAGGGUCUUCCUUUUUCCAAUUUCUUGGCACAGGUUAACCCAACCUUCACCGUUCCACUGAAUGCCCUUUGCGUCAGUCUCGUUAUCGUCUCUCUCCUCUCCCUAAUCAACAUUGGGUCUUCUGUGGCUUUCAAUGCUAUUAUGUCCCUCGGAACAGCUGCCCUUCUGUCCUCCUACAUAAUUUCCAUCACUUGCGUUCGUCUUCGACGCUGGCGCAACCAGCCCCUACCACCGGCACGUUGGAGCAUGGGAAAGUUCACCCCCAUAUGUGACACCAUUUCCAUCAUGGUGUUGCUAGUGAUAUGGAUCUUUAGUUUCUUCCCCUUGACUAAGGAUGUGGACCCGACUACUAUGAAUUGGAGUGUGGCCAUCUUUGGGGGUGUUGUUGCGGCAUCACUCGGUUAUUAUGUGAUUUACGCCCGGAGAGUCUACAAAGGUCCAGUGAUACGGCAAUUCCUUGUUUUCUGCCGCUCUGCCCACAAGAGAGGGAACUAUACAAGUAUAUAUCUUAAACCCAACGAAGUUUUCCAACCUGGCCCAGGCACGAGAUAUGAGGAUGCACAGAAUCAACGUACUACAUAUAUUCCCCGCUUAUCGCCAGACACAGCUUUGACGGCCUUCGCCCAAUUAGGAGUUUUAAGGUUCAAAGCUCAACGCGCCUUGAUCUCACUCUUCGGUCGGGACCAACAUUACAUCCUCGCAGAGGCCACUCAAACCCUUACUCUUCAAGAUCAUACAGUGGAAAAUGAUCGAGAUGCCUUGUGGUUGGGUUGCUGCGUUGUCCCCAAGGGGGAUGGAAUCUGUCAACAAGUCGCUUCCCUACCGCAACUCAAACCAGAGGAUAAACACGUGGUAGAGGGUAUAUACGUGGUACCUGAUCUGCGCGAGGAUGAUCGGUUUAACCAAUUGGACAUGGUCAUCGGCUCUCCCAAAGCAAGGUUCUACGCAGGCGCCCCCAUAAUCAGUCCUAAAGGGAUCACCAUCGGAUCCUACUGUAUUAUCGAUGACGAGCCACGAUCCGGAUUGGACGCCCCGUUGGUAAAGUUCCUACAAAAUAUGGCAUCGACCGUCAUGGAGCACUUGGACAUGGCCCGAUCCACAACGGAACAUCAUCGUGCAGAGAGAAUGAUUGUGGGACUCGGAAGUUUUAUGGAAGGUAAGGCGACGCUGCGCAAUGAGUGGGUACAGGACACUGGACUACGCCUGAAUGAACAGCAACAUAACGAAGGCCACCUGAAUAUACUGCAGCAAAAUGUACAAAUCAAAUCUGGUCUUCUCACAACCGUCCAUACUCGCCCGUCAUCCUCGCCGCUGCAGCCAAAAUUAUCUUCACAGAAUGGUUCUGAGCAAUUUAUAUCAUCCUCAUCCAAUUUGUCCAGUGUACCAUCGCAGAGCCUCUCCUCAGGACCAUCUUCCUCGUCGUCAACGACCCUGUCUGACAAGGAUUCAAACGCCAGUUUUGACCAGACGUCAAGUCUCAACAAAUCCGAAACACAAAGUAGUUUCUCCGUUCGAAGCACGUCGACCGAGAAUCUACAAGCUGACAUGCUGUCUGUCGGAGUUCGACAAGUAUUUUCACGAGCAGCUAACAUCAUCCGCGAGUCGAUUGAAGUCGAAGGCGUCGCUUUCUUCGAUGCCAGCAUCGGAUCAUAUGGUGGUCUCGUCAACGAUACGAAGCGAAAGGGGCCAGGCUCCGACAGCGGUACCUUGGAAAGCUCCAUGGACAGCAGCGAUGAUAGCACCGAAUCUGAUUCUCAGAAAAGCUCUACCGCAUUCGGGAAGGACAGCACACCAGAGAAUACGACCUUGUGUGAAAUCCUAGGCUUCUCGACUUCCACUACAUCCAGCAUCAACGACGAAUCAAAAGGAAGACUUGCCCUCCGGGAAGUAUUGUUGAAGACGCUUCUGCGGCGUUACCCGCAUGGCAAAAUUUUCAAUUUCAGUGAAGAAGGAUCGAUGUCCUCGGACGAAAGCAGUGAUGGACCCUGUAAUAGCUCGUUAGACCGUGAGAGUUCAAAGACGGCCAACAUCGACCUCACUGGUAAAAGAGGAACAGGAAGUCGGAAAAAGACGCGCAGUGCCACGCUCAAAGAGGACGGAAUUGUUCUCAUUCGACUCUUCCCGGGAGCUCGCAGUAUCGCUCUCCUUCCGAUGUGGGAUUCCCACCGAGCUCGAUGGUUCUCGGGUGCUCUGGUGUGGACGAACACACCUCGACGCGUCUUCACAUCUGAGACUGAGCUCACCUAUCUGUCAGCCUUUGGAAAUAGUAUCAUGGCGGAGGUGCAUCGUCUGGAUGUCGAAAUGUCGGAGAAGGCGAAAACAAAUUUGGUCAGCAGUAUCUCACACGAGUUACGAAGCCCUCUCCAUGGCAUUCUUGGUACGUCAGAAAUACUCCGAGACACGGCGAUGGACGCGCUUCAGCACGGAUUAGUACACACGAUUGAAUCGUGUGGGCGGACAUUGCUGGACACGAUCAAUCACUUGCUGGACUUUUCGAAGAUAAACAAUUUCCGGAAGGAAGGAGGUAACAAAGCCCUCCACGGACGGAAAAUCCAUCUUAAACGACACAAAAACACAGACCCAUCGCCUUACAGUAAGCCUCCACGACGGACACGACAUAGUGGCAUGAUCAGUUUGAAGUCUGAUAUUCAGCUGGAUUCCGUCCUGGAAGAGGUAAUGGAAAGUGUCUUCGCAGGCUACAGUUUCUACCACAGUUCACAAAGGUCAACGACGAUAGACCGUCCGAAUCCCAUAGAACUUGACGUAUUAGGGUCCUCCCAGCAAGCGAGUCAGGUUAGCAUCAUCCUGGAUAUCGACGAAGCUGCUGAAUGGAGAUUCUCCACCCAAAUAGGCGCCUGGCGCCGCAUCAUGAUGAACAUUUUCGGCAACUCCCUGAAGUACACCAAGGCUGGCUUUAUAUUAGUGAAGUUAACGUCAUCACCUGUCACUCAUGCCAAAGACGCCGUGCCCGGAGGACCUUCUGAUUUCAAGGUGACCCUGCUGGUCAAGGACACGGGUAUCGGGAUGAGUAUGGAGUAUCUGCAAAAUAAUCUAUUCACGCCAUUCACACAAGAAGACUCGCUUGCCCCCGGAAACGGACUCGGGCUCAGCAUUGUUCACCAUGCGGUUCUGUCCAUGGGUGGUCAGAUCGAAGUCAGUUCACUCCGGGGUCGUGGUACUGAAGUCUCGAUUGAAGUCAUUCUUACCCACGUACCCAUUCAAAAUGCCAACUUGAGUCCCUCCAAACCUGAGCUCAUUUUAAGAAUCAAAGACUUUACACGUGGCACGACCCUAGGACUUCUGGAGCUGGGAUCAUCUGACAUCCACGAUCGCGAUACAAUUCUCUCUACCUCUUUAGAAAAAUUGUGCAAGAACUGGUUCGAGAUGGAUGUCCAUAUCCUGACUCCGUCGGACACUUCUCCCCCCUCAUGCGACUUUUAUGUUGCGGUGCAGACCGAUACCGACUCGGUGAAUACCUGGGAAUCGUGGUUGUCAAAAACUCGAGAUGGCAAUAUUAGGAGUCGAAUGAUUUCAAUUGUGGUGAUUUGUCAGUCGCCAGAGGCAGCACAUCUCAUGUCUGUUGCGGCAAACCAAUCGAACCACGAGGCUAUCGUCGAAUUUAUCAGCCAGCCCUGUGGCCCGCGAAAGUUGGCCAAGGCAUUUAACAUUUGCAUCAAGCGACAACAAGGUCAGGAAUUUCCGAUUGGGAAUGACUCUGAUAUAGAUCAACCUCAAGAGAAGAAUGUGUUUCAGUUGACGAAGUCACCUCUGGUUUCCAGGGAGGAUAUCGACGCACAACGUGCUAGAGAUGAGAUGGAUUUCCAAAAGCAUCAGGCAGGAAAACAGGCGAUAGAUGAUGAAUAUCGCAAGUUGGAGGGAAUGGGAGACUCAUGGCAACAUAAUGACGCUCCUCUUCCUCACACUGAAAGUGAUGCCAUUACUUUGCCAAUUCGACAGGGAUUGUCCAGGAAAGAGGAGCCGACGUUGACAGUCUUGUUGGUUGAAGACAAUGAUAUCAAUCUGCAGAUAUUGGUCGCACAUAUGAAGAAAGAAGGAUACAGGUACACAAUUGCCCGCAAUGGUUUGGAGGCGUCGAACGCUUUCAAAGCCCAUCCUGGAAAGUUCGGAGUGGUCCUAAUGGAUAUCUCCAUGCCUGUAAUGGACGGAUUCGAAUCUGCUCGCCUUAUUCGCAAGGCUGAGCAGGAAUACCAGAACACGCUCGAUAUUUCAGCAAAAGGAUCAUUUAGACCUGCGACUAUUGUCGCUAUGACCGGCCUUGCAAGUGCUAGUGCUCAACAUGAAGCUUAUGGGUCAGGAAUGGACCUCUUUUUAACGAAACCAAUCAAACGAAAAGAUUUAUUCGCGCUUGAUGGAGAGAUUCCCUCUCUUUUUUUCGCAUUUUACUCUUCUCUGUCGCUAUUCUCUGUGUUAGGCUUGCAGUCUGUUUUGGCCGAGCAGAUUGGUCAAUACUGA